AUGCCAAAAAAUCAACAAACCCAACAAAUAUUGAACGAUACAAGAGAUGAUUCGUCUUCAUCUCGGGUCGUUAUGCUGUUUGGAUCAGACGAGGAAUGUGACUUAACAUCAGAUGACUUAACAUCCGGCGAUGAAGAUACGUUGUCUGUAAAUCAAUUGACUGGUAUCCGACGGUUCCCAGUACCAGAUUCCCGAAAACCGUGUACUGUAACCAAUUCUCGAGAACGCUGGCGCCAACACAACGUUACCGGUGCCUUUGCAGAACUUCGGAAAUUGGUACCCACUCACCCACACGAUAAGAAAUUAUCGAAGAAUGAAAUUUUAAGAAUGGCUAUCAAGUACAUUCGUCUUUUAAGUGGAGUCCUCGAAUGGCAAGAGAAUCAACAAGAUUUCAGCAAUAAUAAUGAAGACUGUAUGGACAAUAAUGUGUAUUUAUAA